AUGUGUUUCAGUAUGACAAAAGAAAAGUAUGAAAAGGGCGAGAAGAGAGAGCCGCCUAAAAAGGACACAUGGGAGGCGUUGAAAGAGGAAGGCAACAAAUACUACUCGCACAAAAAGUACGAGCAAGCGCUGAAAUCGUACUCAAAAGCGAUCCAAAAGGCGCCCAGGAACGAUGUUUUGUAUACAAACAAGGCUCUUUGCUACAUAAAAUUGAAGCGCUUCGACGAAGCAUGCAGCGAAGCGCGUGAGGCAAUCGGUAUCUGCCCGAGCAGUGUCAAAGGUCAUUACUUGCUCGGACAGUCGCUGAUAAAUUUGGAGAGAUUUGAUGACGCAGUGAUCGCGCUGCAGACAGCGCAGAAGUACGCUCUCGAUCAGCAUAAAAACUUUGGAGAAGAGAUCGCGCAAUCUUUACGCUUGGCCAAGAGCAAACGUUGGCAGAAGCGAGAGCAAGAGCGUAUUUCGCAAGAAGUGGAACUCGAAUCCUACAUCAUGAAUUUGAUAAGCCUCGACAAGGAAAAACAAACUGAAGAAGUGGAUCAAGGGGAUGAGGAGUACGCGGAGAAGAUAAAAAAGAUCGAUUCUAAAAUCCGCUCGCGCCGCGAGGAGGUCAAAGCCCUCUUUUCCCAAAUCGACGAGAGGCGAAAGACUCGGGAAGUUCCGGAUUACCUCUGCGAUAAAAUAUCCUUCGACCUUUUGAAAAACCCUGUUAUCACGCCCAGCGGGAUAACUUACAAUAGAAAAGACAUCGAAGAGCAUCUUCAAAAAGUCGGCCACUUCGACCCGGUAUCAUCUAAAAAGCUUACCUCUGACAUGCUCGUUCCCAAUCUUGUCAUGAAAGAAGUUGUCUCCACUUUUCUCGAGGAAAACGAGUGGGCAGAAGACUACUAA